AUGGACGAGCCUCUGCCGGCAGCCUCGCUCCGCGGCCCCAAGAUCUCCAAGGCGUGCGAGGAAUGCCGCAGGAGAAAGCAGAAAUGCAACGGCCUCAGCCCAUGCAACGUGUGUAGCAGGCGCAACACGGUCUGCUCGUACAGGUCCUUUAUCCGCCGUCGCACUGGCCGCACUUCCACCAACCCUGCUCCGACCCCCGGCCUCCAGGUCGCACAGGAGCCCUCCAAGUCGGAGGAUCGCGACGUCACUGCCGACCGCGAGAGCAGCCAUGGCGACUCUUCGGCUUUCUCGGAGGCCCCUCCGCGCUAUCACAUCUACAAGAACAUUCGCGCUACUCAUGUGCCCGCCGACUCACCCUCUUGCGUCUUGCAGCUAUACUAUGGCUCCUCCUCCAACUUCUCCUUCUUGCAACACCUCCACACCCACCUGACCGCUCACGAAGAGGUGCCGCGCCCCGGCGCCCACGUCGAGGAGGUUCAGAAUGGAAAUGAAAGCAUCGAUGUUUACAAGUACCAAGGCCUUGCCUUUGGAAACACUCCCGGUCAGCGCGAGACCAAUCCCAUGUUUCUGAGGCAUGAACUCGCCCGUACUUUCUUGCAUAAUUACCUCUCCACUGUCCAUCUUCAUCUUCCCUUUCUCUCUACCGAGCAGCUUUGCGCCAAUUUCGAGAGGCUGUACGGAUAUGGCGACGACGCAAAGAUUGAACCCUCAGAGAGAGCAUUGGUCAUUGUCGUCAUGGCAAUAGGCGCCUGUCCUAGCCAGCACGAAUUGUGGAGAAAAACGCUGUUAGCUCAAGCCCGGACAGAAGCCGAGUCCCUUCUGCAUGUCGUCAACCUGCGUGCUGUCCAGAUUGCACUGCUCAUGAUAAGUCCCACCACUCAACUUGCCGAGGAACGAUUGAGCUGA